AUGGAUGAGCUGUGCCGUUGUGCCGCAGCCGCCAGCGUCGCGCUGCCCCUGGGCGAGCCGUGGACAGCCCCACGGUCAAGUGGGCGCCGCACGUCUCGCCGGUCCGCUCUCGCCACCGGCGAGGCCUACCUUACCGGAAAUCGGCCACCGCCCGGUGCUCCUCUGUUCAUCGAUUUGGGGAAGACGAGAGGGGGCGGGGGAGAGAUGCCGGGGACCCAUGCCUUGCCCUGCAGCACCGCCGCCGAGGCCGCGCCCCUUAGGCUGGCCGCGCUGCCGGGGAGGGCGCGCCCCUUGGGCAGCAGUGCCGGUGAACGCCUGAUGCUCGCCGUCAGUUUCAGGGUCUUAUUCAGUUUCGUCAGUUUGGUUACCAUUUCGAUGGCUUUUGAUUUGUCAAAUUUGGCCUAUGUCGAUAAGUUCAGGCGUGAAUUUUGUGCUGUAGCAGCUAAGGAUCUCUAA